AUGGAUGGACUAGAUGAUCGACCAGCAUCCGUAGCUGAAGUUGGUAAUUCAAAACGAAGCGGGAGUCCUAAAUAUAAUGAGCGUGCUAAGACCCCACGUCUGGAUCCAAAACUCGGAUCUCCGUUGCUGUUGUUGUCUCCAGAAGAGGGUGGUUUUCGUCUGUACAAGCCAGACGAAGAUAAGUUUUACGAGACGAAGAGUGACUUUUCAGGGUAUCGAUUCCUAGCAAGCUCGGGUAAGUGGUUCCUAGUGGUAGAUUCUAGAUGGGAUCUCUAUAUCAUAGAUGUGUUUAGCGAUGAGAGGAUCAGUCUUCCACCUCUAGAGUCAACCCAGGGUGGCCUUUAUAUGGUUGAGCGAGAAGGAUCUAAUGACUUCAAGGUUACGUUAAUUGGAGGCAGUCUGAAAGACGACAAGAAUGGUGACUUUGUUGUUGUCUGGCAAUUUGAGCAAGGCCAAUUUUUAGGGUUUUGCAAGAAAGGAGAUUUACAUUACCGUGAUAUUCCAAUACGUGUCGAUGUUCGGAGGGAGUUCCGAGGCCUACAAGAUGUGGUGCUCAAGGGUUACAAUCUUUACAUUCUGGUGAACCGUAGCUUCAUUCGACACAUUGAUUUGUCCGGACAAGAUGGUUUCAAGAAUGUGUCCGAAACCCCUAGGUUUCCAAUAUCGGUUUCAGCCUUUGGGCGUGAUUUAGGAAUAUCGGAAAUCAAAAAGGUCAUCUCUUUUAGCGAUAGCAUUGCUGUUACAACAUCAGGAGAUGUUUUGUUGGUCUUUACCACGGCUUUCGAGUCACUCGGUGAAAGGUCUAGGAUCUUCCACGUCUACAAGAGGGAUCCGGAAAAAGAGCUAAAAGGAAAUAUAUGUGGAACCAGUCUUGUUGAGGUGGAAUCUAUAGGUGACGAGGCCCUGUUUUUCGAUUUCGGUAUCACCGUGCCUGCUGACCAUACCCUUGGUAUUGAGCCUAAUUGCAUCUAUUUCACUCGUAAUGACCGUUUCGGUCACAAGGACGGUUCCAUUCCAUGCCUAGUCGACAUAUGUGUGUACAACAUUGCAACAAGGACCUUCAAACGCUUCCCUAGUCUGUCCAACUUAAAACUCAAGGAUGCUAUGUGGUUUCUCCCCUCUUGA